GACCGGACGCGCGUAAACAACAAAAACUCCUCCAAAGCGGGCGACGCGAUUCCAGAGUCCCCAACGGCAAUGCUUUGUCCAGAGCUCACUCACUUACUCGACUGCUACUACACUGAUCAAUUCAAGCCAGCUCCAACAAUGGCGCUCAGCCGUCUCCUGCUGCUGCUGCUCGCCGCUUCGUCCCUCACCACCACCGUAAUCCUCGCACUACUCCACCCAACAUCAGCGGCGCUGGGGAUAAACUACGGCCAGGUCGCGGACAACCUCCCUCCCCCACAAUCUGCCGCCAUCCUCCUCCGCGCGCUGAACGCCACCAAGGUGAAGCUCUACGACGCGGACCCGCGCGUGCUCUCCGCCUUCUCCGGCUCCGGCGUCGACUUCACCGUCGGCCUCCCGGACAACCUCGUCCCGAAGCUCGCCGCCGACCCCUCCGCCGCGGCCGCCUGGGUCAAAUCCAACCUCCUGCCCCACCUGCCAGCGACGCGCAUCACCGCCGUCACCGUGGGGAACGAGGUGCUCACGGGCGACGACCCCGCCAUGCUCAAGUCCCUCCUUCCGGCAAUGGAGUCCCUCCACGCGGCGUUAAUGGCGUGCAAGGCGACGUCACGGGUGGUCGUCACAACGGCGCACUCGCUCGCCGUGCUCUCCUCCUCCUUCCCGCCCUCCGGCGCCGCGUUCCGGCGCGAAUUGCUCCCUUACAUGACUCCCCUGCUCAGCUUCCUCGCGAAAACCAACUCCCCGUUCCUCGUGAACGCGUACCCGUACUUCGCCUACAAGGCGGAUCCGUCCACAGUCGACCUCGACUACGUCCUCUUCGGCUCCGGCGGCAGCAAACCCGACGCCGUGGUGGACUCUGGCACGGGGCUGAGGUACAACAACAUGCUGCACGCGCAGGUGGACGCGGUGCGUUCGGCGAUAUGCGCGGCCGACUACGGGCAGAAGAUCGAGAUCGUGGUGUCGGAGACCGGGUGGCCGUCGGCGGGGGACGCCGACGAGGCGGGCGCCACGCCGGCGAACGCGGCAAGGUAUAAUGGGAACCUGAUGAGGAUGAUGAAGGAAGGGAAGGGGACGCCAGCGGCGGGAGAAGGGGAGCCGCUGCAGGUGUAUGUUUUCGCGUUGUUCAACGAGAACUUGAAACCUGGGCCAGCGUCCGAGCGGCAUUACGGGCUGUUUAGGCCUGAUGGGACGCCCGCGUAUGAUGUCGGGGUUAAGGCGCCGGCGAUUGGGGGCGGUAAGGGGACGGAUGAAGAAGGCGGUGGCGGCGGAGGGCUUGUCGUGGGGGAAGGGCCUGCCGGGGCCGGCGCUGGGAGUGAUGGCGGCGGGGCGGGAGGAAUGGACAGUACUGGGUUCUACACGAUUUCUGCGGCCACGCGCAAGGCGAAGAGGUGGCGGUGCAUGGGAAGCUCGCCGGUCAUGGCCGUCCUCGUCCUCGCGAUGCUGUCCGGGCUCUGUUGGUCAUGAUGUACAUUGCUAUUUGAUAGUACCACGAUUCGUAUGAUUCAUUAUUAGUUGAUUUGUAUUUUUGCGUCCAGUUCGUAUGAUUCGUCUUUACGUGUUCUAGCUGUGUAGAAGCAGAGAUGUAGCAAAAGAGGAAGAGAACACUACCAUAUACUCAAAUUGAUCGAUUCUCAAGUGCUCAACUGAUCGGGUUCUUUUCCUGACAAAGUUGCAUAGAAAUUUGCA